UGAAAGGAAAUAAUUUGAAUGCGUUUUGCAGUAAAUAAGUAUAGGCGGUAUGCGGUGCAGGCAGGCGGGCUCAAACGGGAUCGAGUUUUCCAGUACAGAGCAACAGUUGUUCACACCAGUAGUAGUAAAUAAUUAAUUUGCAAAACAAGCAUGCGUCCAAGUCGACGAACCAAAAGGAAGAAGGUGGAGGAGGAGGAGGAGGCAGCGAUAGUUGAGGUACGGUCGUCACGGUCACCGUCAACUUCUACUCACGAUCAGUCGUUACAACAGCCAGAAGAAGGAAAACUAAGCUUGGGUCUGAAGCUGUUCCGUCGAAGAGAAGACGAUACAUUGACCGAUAUGACCUUUUCCUUGGAGAGUGGCUCUAGCUGCGUUUCCGCACACAUGCUAAUUGUUCGGGAAGGAUCAAGCACACUUGGGGAAAUGAUAAAGCGACGACGAGACAAAAAUUCUAAUAACGAAAGAACGGAAAUACAAGUCCCUAAGGAAGUUGGGACAACAACAUUCAACUCAUUUUUAAAGUUUCUCUAUGACGAAGCUAGCCUACCUGCACCAGGGCAACUGAAAGAUGAUCUUUUGUAUAAACUCCUACUCUUGGCGGAUCACUUUGCCGUUGAAGAACUAUAUAGUAGGUGUUGUUCAAUUUUGAGCGGAAAAUUAAAGCCUCAAAACUGCGUAGAGAUAUUUCAAACGACUUUGCAACUUACAAAAAACGAACUAUGCGAUUUGGCCUUUCAGUCCAUCUUACAAAAUGUUACUGAACUUAUGUCCACCCGCAAUGACGAAGCUAUGGUGGAAUGGAGUUGGAAAACAUGGCAGUGCAUUUUCCAACUCCAACGUCUUUCGGGGGAACAGCUAGUAUUAGCAUUCAAAGCACUUAAAAGGUGGAGAGAACACGACCCCACAAAGAGGGAUGAAGCCUUUCACCGUCUAGGAAAAUGCAUUCGAUUUCGGUCUUUUGGUUCUGCAGCUGCCGCAGAUACCUUGGAAUCUACUGGAAUUUUAAGCCAAGCUGAAAUGGUCUCAUUGUUCAUGCAUUUUGCGGGUGGUCACAAAACAAUCAACGUUGACCCAACUCAAGAUCUGCAAAAUAUCUUAAACUCUUGCACACCCGGAUCAAGAAUACGCCUUUCUCCAGGAACGUAUCACGGAAUGUUUGUGAUCACCUCGAAAGAUACAAAAUUGAUUGGUUCCGGGCCCACCUCAGAAAUAAGAGGGCGAGUAAUUGUGGAGACUGACGAAUGUGAAGUAGCAGAUUUGAGUGUAGUGUUUACACAAGCAUCUAUGUCUCAUGAAGAUACGUCUUCCGCAGUAACCACGUCUGGUGGGGGUGGAGGCCAGCCUCUCAUUUUCAUCCGAGGAAAUUCAAAUUCAUUGAGUAAUGUGGAGAUUUUAACAGAGUCCAAAGCGGAUGAAGUUCAUCAGGAACAGGCUGCUCCUACCAGAGUAGGUAAAAGGAAACCGAGAGGAGCAAGUACGCCCAUUCCAGAUACGAAAAAGACUAAUUCUGCUCCUAUGAAUCCCGAGUUAAUGAGUGCAAUCUUGUGUUGUGGGAAUCACAACAAGCUGACAAACAUUAUGACUCAACUCUCCACAAUUACUAUAACAGGAGAUGAUAACCGAGUAGAGGUUGUUCAGUUCCGCUCCACCGUUAAUGGAGUCCACGUCCAAGGAGAUAACAAUAUUGUGAAUGACGUCAUGUUUUUCCCGGUGUCCUCUUCACCUACUCAGAAGAACGAUUCUCACACCUAUGGGGGUGGCCCCAUAGAGUCCUGCGCUUUAACCAUCUCCGAAGGAAGGGAAAAUGUCGUGACAAACUUGAAUGCGUUCCAAGUCCCUCCAACUACCGACCUUUUCCUUUUAAAACUUUGUCCCAAGUCUGCGAGCACAAGGGUGAGGAAUUGUGCCGGAGCUUCUGUCCAAGUUGAUGGUAAAGGUCAUGAACUUGUCGGCGUCAAAUUGAGCCCCAGAUUUAUUUUCAGGCUGGACGGAGCGUCUCAUCAACUCGUGGAUUGUAAUGCUGAACAAUACAAAAACUCUGGAAAAGACAUGACCACCACGAACUGCGAAUUUUAUUAAACUCUUCUUUCUCGUGUUAUAUUAAGAUGUUUAAACUUGAGUUGUUGUAUAAUUGUACAUGUGCACCCAUUAUACAUACUUAAGUUGUUCUUUUGAAUGAAUGGUAUACAUUUUAAUUCAAGUAGGAAUGUGGCCUAUUUUUGUAAUUUACUUGUUAAUUUAUUUACUCUUGUAAGGUUGUAAGUGGACAACGGAGGCAAAUUGCGUCCGAUAGAUAGCAAGUAAUCUAGAAGACAUUUUAAAUUUAAUUUUUGUUGACUCAGAUCUACUGAAAUAAUACAUUUUUGUCAUGUCACUCCAAAAUACAUCAUUAUAUUCAGUUUAUGCACAAUUAAUAAACAUUAAACACAAUAAUUUAAA